CAGUUUGCUCUUUAUGUUUUAGAAUCAAGAGCCAAUUAAAAUCAAACAAAAACCAGACCGGAAAGUACCAUAUCCAGGCCCUUAGCUUUUAAAAUUAAACCCCUAUGAAGCAAUGCCAUCAUCACUGAAAAACAUGUUUCCCGAUGACUUCGACGUUGAACCCUUCAAUCCGUUCAAUGUGGGUCCACCCAACAGCGGAGCCCGCUCGGAGUUCAAAAUCCCCACCUGCGUUACGUAUCCGCCACCGGUUUUCGUAGCCAAGUCGGAAUAUUCGCAGAAGGCUAUAGGAUCUCCCUCCAAGGACUCGCUUGCCCGGGACAGCAAACUGAAGUUGGGCAAGUCAAAGCGGGGUGAGGUGGCCAUUUCCAAGGCCAUCAAUGAGGAGAUGGCUGUGGCCAAGAUGCAGGCCUCCGCCAUUCAUGAAAAAGAUCGCAUUGGUGCGGGCGGCGUCUCCAAGGUGAAGCUUUCACAGGACUCGCAGUCAAAGGAAGCGGUUGCAAAGGAGUCGCUUCGCACCUUAAUGCCAGUAAGGUCAUGUCGUCAGGCAAGUGGUGAUGCCAAUAUAUCCUCUUCAGACUUAAGUGUGGCUUCCAAUAACAGCGCCACCACACCAAGUAUGGCCAGCAUCUCCACAAAGGCCUCUAAAAUUUCCCAAUCAGGAUCUACGGUUACUAAUAGUAGUUCUUCCAAUACCAAACUCCCUCCCAAGUCAAUUUUGAAGUCUCCAAAGCCCUUGGAACCAGCCAAAAUUAAAUCAAGGGUAUCGCAAAAGCCCUCGGAAACAAUCCCCAUCAACACAGCCUCUGAACGAUCUCUAAAGUCGCAAAAGUCAGACUCCGGCUCAAAAAGAUCCUCGGCAAAACUUUCCGUGGCAGGAAUGCAAGAUUUCCAAAAGGAUGAACCAAAUCCUUCUGAUCUUAGCUCAAAAAAUGCCAAGGAUGUCCCUUCGAUCACUCAAAUGAAACCGAAAACCAACAUGUCAAGUGUUCUCCCUGAAUCGAAGGAUGGACCCAGCUAUAUUCAGUCGGAAACGGCCUUGUCCUACAGGCAAUCCUUGAACCAGCAGGCUGCCGAGAUGGCAGGACGCUUAAAUGCCGGCAAUGAAAACUUCAGGCGCUACAACUCGGUGGCUCGGAAUCACUCGAUCGCCGUGCCCCAAAAGCUGUCCAAUGGAGAUCGUAUGACCUUCUGGUUCAGCGAUGCUGUGCUAUCCUAGGAAAAUACCGACUUAUCGGAAAUGUCCUUUGCCAAAGGUUGAUGACAAUUGCUUGCUCUUAAUUCAGGGAGAAAAAUAAAUAACGAAAAUUAGUAGUCUUUCCAA